AUGAAGCUCCCUUCGGGGUAUUCCGGCGGUUUGAUCCCCUGCAUCUACCUCAUUUCGGGCAACAACCCAAAAUACACCGACCCGCACGACGAGAUCGAUUUGGAAUUCAUCGGGGGAAACACCCCCAGGGAUAUUAUUCUGCACACAAAUCUCAUCACGGGCGGACAGGUGUACCUGCAGCAGUACAAGUUCCCCUUCGACCCCUCCGCCGCAUUCCACACCUACACCAUCGUCUACUCGCCUGAUUACGUCAUGUGGGCCGUCGAUGACACCCCGAUCCGCAUCCACUAUAAGCAGAGCGGCCGGCCAUUCCCGUCCGAGAAUGUCAAGUUCGAGGGCUCCAUUUGGGAUGCUUCCUCGUGGAGCCAGCUGAAGCCUAACUGGGGAAAUGGGCCCAAGGAAGUGCUUUUCCGCCGCUUCGACGUGCGCCGCACGUGCAAGGCGUCGGGGCAGACGGGCCGUCCGUGGUGCAACAGCCUGCAGGGCAACAAGGCCCCCUGGACGCGCAGGCCCAGCGCGGCCGCUAUCGCGCGCAGCAAUGAGUUCCGCAAGAAUUACCUGGUGAAGGACUAUGGCUGGUCGCGCACCUAA